AUGUUUCAAUCACUGAAACUCGCUUGCUUCAUUGUCAUUUCUUUCAUUGGAAAUGAAAGUGCCGCCUUCCUCUUGGACGGACACGCAAACCCGUCCUCUGCAAGCAGUCAAGGCGUUGGUACCUACAAUAUUUACGACAAGAUAGAUGCCAUAGAAAGAGAGCUGGAUGAAUGUAAUGUCACUCUAACAGAGAAAGUCCGUGACCUUGAAAUGAGCACUCAGAAAAAGAUACACGACAUGGAGACGAUGAUGCGACAAGUUUUGCUUACAGUUAAUCAGAUGGAUGUCAAACUGGAAAACAGCGAUGUUUACAACACGAGUCUUGAAAUUGAAAGACUAAAGAAAGUAGUCUCCAAUGACCUAAAAAAUUCAACAGAUAUCGGAUUUACAGGUAAAAUUGUCGGUACGUACAGCAGCACCUAUGACGUCAUCAAAGGUUAUUCUCCCAUGUUUAACUAUGGGAAUGCGUACAAUGGAUCAGUAUUUACAUGUCCCAUCCAAGGAUUGUAUUUCUUCCAUGUGUCAGUGUUAUCUGAUUCAAAUACUAACGGUGCAUGGAUAUACAAAAAUACUCAACAACUAACACUUGCUUAUGCUGGUGGAAGUCCUCAAUACAAUGGCGCAUCUGCAUCAGUGGUCAUUAGGUUAAACAUUGGCGAUCAAGUGUACCUACGACCUUACGGCAGUUCACUCCAUUUGGAUGGUAGUUCUGCCUUCACUGGAGUCAAAAUAAAUUAACAUUCAUUCUUUAAAAUCAAAUAUUAAAAUAUCUUGUAUUCAUUUUAAUGAUGUAUACGUAGAGUUUUAAAGAUAUAUACUAUUUAACCAAAUCAUUUCCGUUAGACCUGUUAAUUGCAGAUUUUCUGUAAAAUUAAUGUACCACAAAUGUGAAACUCAAAGUAUGAAAUACUGAGUAUUAUUCACGAAGAAUUAAAAUGAUGUAUAUUCAUUUUCUAAAU